CCCGGUACCAGACGUCUACUCCCGUGAGAUCUGCCCUCCCAUAUAAUUUUCACUUUACAGAAUGGGAAGCUGAGGCUCGCAGCUGCUGGCAGGGGCAGGACCGGACACCAAUGUAAUUGAAACGCUGCGGCACUUAAUCACUGUCCUCUUAACAAAAGCUUUCUGGGGCCUCAGAUGUAGCGGGCACUGGGGAGGCUCGCCCCAGAGUCCCUGGGCUUUGGUGAUGUGUUGCAGGGUUGCCUGGCAAAGAUCACACUAGAGUGGGCAGUGCGCCAGGGUCUGUCACUCCGGCCCUUACUACACGUGCAGCAUGUGAACUGCGCAGUAAACAGUUGCUGUUAGUACAAUGGAAUGAGGGGCGAGGUGGGGGGAGACCUUUGGAGAUCCCUGCCAAGUGCCAGGACUGAGCUCAGCUAGAGAUAGAAGGCAGAGUAAAACCCAUGCUGACCUGACCAUCCACUACAGAACAGGGUUCAGGCAUUUCACACAUUAAUAUGUGUCGCCUUUUAUUAUCCUAAUCAUUUCCUAUGUUUUUAUAACUUUCCAAGGGCAAGGAUGUGACCUUUUAUUCUCUCUCUCUCCUCCCAAUUAGCCCAUUUCUAAAUGGGAGGCACGCAAACGUCUGUGAGUAAUUGACUCUGGCAAGUGUCCAAAUGUCUACACUUCUUAUGUCCCCCAGUGCCCUGCACGGUGCUGGGGAUGUGGUAGGACCUCUGGAUUGUUGGUGAAAGUGGUGAUGUGAAGCCUUAUCAUAGUUGUAUCAGUGUAAUUGUUUCUGUUUGAAAAGAAAACACACCAACAGUGAGGGUGCUCUGCAUUCUUAAAGGAAGGACAUCUGUCUGCGAUUGAGUCCUCAGAGAAUGCUCUCUGGGGGAGGUGGCAGCUCAGCUGGUUCUGAAGCGAGAGGAGGAGCUGGACCUGGGAGGAGGAGAGGAGAGGAAGUACUGAGGCCUGAAAGAGAGAGGUGGCAGGCAUGUGGGACUACACUGGUUGAGCCACUUUUUGAAUUUGAAGUGAAGAAUGAUGGGAGAUGCAGCUGAAGUGGCCAGCAGGGUUUUGCAGCUCAUUCCACCCCUUGCAACAGAGGGAUCCGCAGAACUGGGGAGCAGGAUGGAGGGGAGACUUCUGUAGGUGGAGCCAAAGCUGGGCCUUGAAGACAGGGUUUGCUGGUGAGACAGGGAGCUGAGCAGACUUUCCACCAGAGUCCAGGAGGUGCAGAGCUCCCAGCCAGAAAGAACAGCUGAGUGCUGGAAGCUGCCCCGGUAGCCCUACCCAGGCUAACAGCGGUAUAAUUUCGGCCUGCGUCUUUAGAAAUGUGUGUGCUCCCUAAGCAUACCCGAGUCUGUGUGUAUGAUUUCUGGAGUGGUUCAAAAGCAUGGCUAGGGUUAAGAGGCACCAGGAAAUUUCGGAGUAGACUCCAGGAGGCUCUGGGGUCUGGCUGAGAAGAGUCUUGCAUGCACUCCAUGCCAGUGGAUCUAGGUCCAGGCUGAGGGCAUAAGCAGUAGAAACCUUUAGCUGUGGCCCUUACACCUUAGAACUACACAUAGAGGCUUCACAGAUUGAUAACAAAAAUGGGCAGAGGGCUGUGAACACAUAUAUCAGGAACAAAAGUUUGAAAACUACCCACUGCCUGUUAGGGGACUGCUUGAAUAGAUUUUGACCUGCUCGUAUAGUGGAAUACUGUGCAACUGAAAAAAUAAGAGGGUGCAUUUUGUGCACAUGUGGACUAAUCUGCAACAUAUUGAGUAAAAACAACAAAGUGCCGAGCAGUGUGUAGCUAUGUGGAUAGCGCACUCCCUGAGGAAAAUAAAAUGAGGGUGAGAACAGAAGUGUCUCCUGUGUGCAGCCUGAGCUACCCCGGGAAGGAUGCACUAAAAGACACAGGUGCAUGGGUUGCCUUAGGGGAAGGACUUGGAGCCUGGCACACAGUGAGGAGGGAGGCUUUGCUGUUAGAAUGUAAUUUAUUCCCAUGAUUCGAAACCACACAAUUCAGAAAUGUUUGUGGUGAGAGCCAGCUGCCUGCCCCACCCCCCUGCCCAGCCAGGCAACUCCCAGCUUUCGCUCGCUGUGGGGCUGCUCCCUCGUGUUGCUUUUGAGCAGCCUCCUCUCAUUUAAGGGAGACUGAGGACCUGAGAGGUUAAACCUGCCUCUCCUUCCUGCCUGAGUGAUGAGAGGUGCCCCAGCCACACGCACUGUGUGUGAAACCUCAGGUUCACAGUCUGGAUAUGUUUAGUUACGGUGAGCACCACCUACAUGCUCUGAAAAGAAGAGGCCAGCUUUUCGCUGCCAGUGUCAGAUACACAUCAAGUCCGAUGUUGAUAAAUCCCUGCAGAGACUUUUGGGUGAUGUAAGGUAGAAGAGUGUAAUUUCAUUGUAAAUUACAUUUGGGCACUGAAUCUACUUCUAGGUUGGUAGUAAGAGUAUUCGAGUAAGUAAGAUUACCACAUAAUUCACAAAGCUGACCGAAUACUAAGUUGUUAUGAAAAUAAACCAAGUAGUAGAUAUCAGUGUAAUUUGAAACAAACUGUACAAGGUUAUCAUUUUGGACCAACAAAAACAAAAAGUCGGUGAAUAUUUUAAAAUGUAUCAAUAUGAAUAUGCUGGUUUUGUUUUUUCUACUUAACUGGAAAUGUUUUUAUAUUUCUUUGCUCCAGUAGGAACCCAUAGUUAAUACAAAUUUUAUUAGGACUGCUCCAAUCAAAAUAUAUGUGUUGCCUAAAAUUACAUUUCCAAAGUUGGAUAUAAAAGAAAAGAUUCCCACACUGACAAAGGGGUUGUAAUUGGUAAUCCUGAAUAAUACUGGUGUACAAAUCACUGAAGGUUAAGGCAAGCUUCCCGGACUUCAGCAAGAGUAAACCAAUCACAGCUAUUUGAAGACUAAGCAGUGUUAAGUGACUGAGCAGAACGGGUAUCUCCGGGAAUCCUGGGUUACGUGGUUUGGGUUGCAUUUUGCUCUCCUACUGCCACAGGUGUUUCCAAACAGGACAUUCGUGAGCAGAUCUGGGACUACAUGGAAUCACAGAAUAUAGCUGACUUUCCCCGACCUGUCCAUCACAGGAUUCCCAACUUCAAGGGCUCCUAUCGGGCUUGCCAAAACAUCAAAGACCUGGAAGUGUUUGCCAGAGCGCAGGAAGUUAAAGUGGACCCCGAUAAACCGCUGGAAGGCAUGCGGCUGUUGGCACUGCAGAGCAAGAAAAUGUUGUUGGUCCCAACACCACGACUGAGAACAGGGCUGUUUAACAGGAUCACACCACCCCCCGGGGCGACCAAAGGUGUCCUGAGGAAGUGCGCCACCUCGCAGGGUGUGAGGAACUACAGCGUCCCCGUGGGCUUGGACUCCAGGGUCCUCGUGGACUUAGUCAUGGUGGGGUCUGUCGCCGUUUCUGAAAAAGGCUGGAGGAUUGGGAAGGGAGAAGGCUAUGCCGACCUUGAAUAUGCCAUGAUGGCGUCCAUGGGAGCGGUCAGCCAGGGAACGCCAGUGGUCACCAUCGUCCACGACUGCCAGGUCGUCGACAUACCUGACGUGCUCGUGGAGGACCACGACCUCACAGUGGACUACAUCCUCACUCCGACGAGAGUCAUCACCACAGGGUGCACGCGCCCCAGACCAGCAGGAGUCAUGUGGUCUAAGGUCAGCUGUGAGAUGAUGGGAAGAAUCCCGAUACUCAGGAGCCUCCGCUCCCGAGAGAAGCAGGCUGGGAAAGAUGUCACACUUCAGGAUGAGCACCAGCAUGCGGUAGAAACCCGCAGCCCACACACAGCUCCUCCAAGACCCUGCGACCCACUGCAGCCGGAGGUAGGGGAGGACGUGCCUUCCAACUCUGUCUACGUUGGGAACCUCCCCGGGGACGCCCGAGUGAGUGAACUGAAGAGAGCCCUCGGAGAGCGUGGCGUGGCCCCACUGCGGCUCACCUGGCAGGGGCCACAACACAGGGCCUUCCUCCACUACCCGGACCCAGCCGAGGCCCAGCGGGCCGUCUCCUGUCUGCAGGGCUUACAUCUGGGUGCCAACACCUUGAGGGUGGCGCUGGCCAGGCAGCAGAGGACCCGAGACCUGACCGGUGGCCAUGCUGGAGAGCUACACCCGGUUUCCCGACCAUCUGACCUGUAACACAUGGAACUUCAGAGACCUGCAUACUGGGGCGUGGUGGGGCUGUUGCUACGUGAGCUGCGUUGGCCAAGUUCAGUCCUUUUUAGGAAGUCGUGGCCUUCAGUGCCUACCUGGUGGUCUCCUGUUGAGAAGGGGAAAUGAACCAGGAGUACACUUGCUCCAUUUAGGGGGCAGA